AUGUCACUCCCAGGUUUGGAACCAGGUCAUACAGGAAAUACAUUAUCUUUAGAUUCAGAUAGUAUAAAUGAUCCAAUUAAUGGACCAAUUAAUAUAUAUAAUGGAGACGUAAAAUUGGCAAAUAAAGACGAACCACAAUACUUGACCUUAUCUAUUGGUAUGCAAUGGUCUUUAGAAUUAGGUAAACAAGAUCUAGUAGGUCAGCAUGUCAAAAUUUAUAUCACUGUUCUGUCUGGUAUUUGUGAAGUACUGGGUACAGAACUAGCAAAUGAUGUAGAAUAUUGUUUUCAAGAUUGGAAUUUUAGUGUACUGGCUAUUGAAGAUUCUCGUAUCAAAUGGAGACUAGUCAAUUUGAUGAUACCUUUAGACGACCCAUUCAUAAAUAAUGUUACUCCCAACGAUAAUGCUAAAUAUGUUUACAAUUUGCAUUUUGCCAUUGAAAAAUUGAGAUGUUCAUCAUUUACAGGGCCUAAAGUUUUAAUCCUAGGGAAUAAGAACACCGGAAAAACAUCUUUAUCAAGAAUUCUUUCGUCCUAUUCAAUCAAGAAUAAAGCAUAUCAACCGAUGUUUAUUAAUUUAGACCCGGAACAACCAAUUGUUUCCCCACCAGGUUGUAUCAUGGCUACACCGAUAUCUGAUUUGAUUGAUUUACAAUCUCCCUUUUGGAAUGAAUCCCUGACAAGUGGUGCAACUAAAUUACACAGCAGGCAGCCUUUGAUCAAAAAUUUUGGUUUCGAGAAGAUAGAAGAUAAUUUUGAUUGGUAUGUAGAUACUGUAAGACAGAUGUUGGAUACUGUCGACAGAAGAUUAUAUAAUGAUCCUUUAGUUCAGAGAUCUGGUUGUAUUAUUGAUACACCAUCAUGUUUUUAUGAAUCUUAUGAAAGUUUUGAAAGUGUUUUAAAUAUGAUUAUUUCCAAGAUGAAAAUAGAUAUAAUUGUUAUUUUAUCAGCCAAUACUAAUAAUGACAUUUCGACUACAAUAAAUGCUGAGCCAAUAAACAAAAUCAUUGAUAAGAAUAAAUGUUCUGUGAUUAAGUUACCAAAGUUAACUGGGGUUAUACCUAACGAUGAUGCAUACAAAAGAUUGCUACAACGUCUUGCCAUAAGAGAUUAUUUCUACGGUGAUUUGAACACAGUCAUAACACCCUAUGUGACUAGUUGUGAUUUCACAGAUUUAAUUAUAUGGGAAUUACCCGUCAAUAACAGAUCUGACACAUUUAAUGGCUCAGCAAAUGUAGGGGAUGCAUCUAUACCUAGUAAUAAUCAGAAUAACGGUAAUAAUAAUAACACUGAAAAUGAUAUGUCAGCAGACACAGUAAAGUCAUUAACUUUACAACCUGUAGAAGUGAAUCAACCAAAUCUACAACAUGCUAUUAUCACUAUAUAUCACUGUCCUAAGAGAACUGAACCAAAGCAAAUAUUACAAUCGUCAGUAAUGGGCUUUGCUUUAAUAACAGAAGUUAAUGAAAAGAGACAAAGAUGUAAAUUGUUAUUGCCUGUUCCAGGAUCAUUACCCAAGAAUGCUUUAGUGUUAACGUCUUAUAGAUAUUUAGAAUAG